GCCGUUGUAGGCGUGUUUGCGUCUAAUGUUAUAGGGAAUGUUUGCUUGAAUUCAGGCUUACGUGCUGGCUAACCCAUGUUGGUCAACUGCAAGUUUAACCUCGAAGAGUAUUGGAUAAGUUAGCAGCGAGCCAGCGGGCUAACCUAGCUAACUAGCUAUCUAAUGCAGCUAGAGACGGUUGUUUGUUUUGACAAGAACACACUCACAUAACUAGCUCUGUAGCCAGUUAGCCAUCUGGCAAACCGUUUAGUUUAUUUGGGACAUAAUUUGAUAUAUCACAGUUUGUGAUAGCAGCGCUGAAGGACGUUAAUAUUGAGUGUAGCCGAGCGAAGGCCACAUUAGUCGGGCCCUCGGUUUGUUGGCUAGCUAGCUAUUUAGCCGAUGUAUGUUGGCAAGCGGCAUUGCAUUGCCACCAGUGUCGUGCUUCUUUGGAUGGUCAUUUUAACAGAUCGUCUUAUUUUUCCAUAAUAACGUUACAUGAGGUUUCCCAUAGUGCUAGCCAGCUAUUUUUGCGGCCUCAUGUUUUAGAUAGCCAGCUAGCUAAUUUGACUGUUAGCCAUGCUAUCUAGCCAGCUAGCUAACGUCAUUAUGCCGCUGCAGUAUUCUCGCGACGCGGGAUUAUCAAACUCAAUUUAGUUAUUUAGCUACUAGCUGGGUAUAUAAAGGACAGAUUAACGUGGUGAAACAAUAUAGAUAUCCCAAGUCUUCAAAAUGGACUCUGAUAUACUGAAGAUAGAGGAAAUUGUGAUGGGAGGAGGAGAGACUGCUACGCCUGCUGAAUUGGAACAUGAAAAAGCAGAAGAGCCAUUCACCACAAUCAUCAUUCAGGAUCCUCCACCAGCUACUGGCAUUCAGUCAUACCAGCAUGAGAGCCUGCAGUGUUUCCAGUGCUUUAUCACCUUCUGUAAUGCUAAAGCCAAGGAGAGGCAUAUGAAGAAGAGCCAUCGUGAAGAAUACAAACAGCAGUUGCAACAGUGCGACACACUCUUCACCUGCUAUGUGUGUGACCGCACAUUCCCGUCUUCUGAGGAAUUAACACACCAUCAGUCCACUCACAACAAGGAAGACAAACCCUUCAAAUGUGCACACUGCCAAGAGAGCUUCCGUACAUUCUCUGAGUUGACGACGCACAGACGGCAGGUGUGUCCUGAGCGUCAGUUUGUGUGUAAAGAAUGCAAUGAGACAUUCAGAAGCCCAGCACUUCUACGCAACCACCGUUUGGCCCAGCACCCUGUGCGCCAAGAAGGAGAGGAUGUAGAUGAUCCUGCCAAGACCCACCGAUGUGGCAAAUGUGGCAGGGGCUUUGAGGAGGAGUCUGAGCUCCUGCAACACCAGGAAAACCACGCAGGCAACCAGCACUGCAAUGGCAGUGCCCCAGUUAAGAGGCGUGGGAGACCUCCAAAAGCUGAGACUGCAGCAGCUGGAGAAAAGAAACAAAAACGAACCAAGAUGGAAGAAACGGAAGUGACAGCAGAGCCUGGGGCAAGCAACCAUUCAGAGGCUGUCUCCCCGCCACCAGUUGUGGAUGAACCAAAGGCCAAGAUGGGAGCCAGGCGAGGGCGACCACCAAAAUCAUCGCACGAGCUCAAAGUCGAGGAGGAGAAAGUGGAGGGCAAGAAAGCAAAAGUUACUCCUCCACCCUCUCGCAAAAUCCCAUGCCCAGAAUGCGACCUCACUUUUCCAGUGCUGGCGCAACUGCGGGCUCAUAAGAAAGAGAAGCACACCCAGCGCAAGCCUUACCCGUGUGGAGAGUGCGAAGAGAGUUUCAACCGACCUGAGCAGUUGGAGGCCCACAUGGCUCGGGCCCACACAGCUGGCCGGUACUCCUGUGCAACCUGUGGCAAGAGCUUCGGCAGAGAAAGCAACCUAAAAGCCCAUCAACAGACCCAUGACAAACAGGAAGAAAAGCCAACUGGCCGUGGAAAAAGAUAAUUCAGAUUGGAAGAUGCCCAGGGUUCUAUAUUUAGGGAUUAGGGUUUCAAGAUUUUUGAAGUGAUCUUAAUAGAAUGACAAAUUUAGGGUGGCAGGGUUGAAAUUGUUUGUGUGAGACUGUCAAAACUGAGGGUUUUUUUGUGGAACCUGAAACCCAAUAAGCCACAUGUGGCUUCCUCAUGUCAUCCUGAUAUGUUUAUUACUGGUGGCAUGGUAUAUGCUUCAGGCCACAGUUUGAAAUAUAUAGGAUAAUCAAAACAAUAGAUUAUACACAUCAGACUAUUAGGGUCAUAAACCUCAAAAAAGUUCACGUAAAGUGAAAGGCUUUGCAUUGGCUUUUAUUUGAAUACUUUGUCUUUUUUAUGAAUAUCAAGAGUGGAUUAAUGUUUUUACAUUUAUUUUUUAGAAAUGUGUGAUGCCAGGUGGUAAUUUACAUGAUUAGAGUUGGUGUUUCUGGUUUUCUAAGGACAAGCAUUGACCUGAUUCAUUAGAAAAUGAUUUCAUUUUCUGUAGUACCACAAAGGCAUUAGUACUGGAUAAAAGUAGAGAUAAACAUUGACAUUUGUAAUAAGAGAAUGCCUGAAUAAUGCCCCUGUCCUUUAAAAAAAAGGAAAGGAAAAAAACUAAAGUUUUGAGAACUUUGUUAUAAUUUUUAAUUAUGGUGAUUGAGCAAAAUGAGUUGGAGCAUAAAUGAAAAUUAUGCAUAUGGACAUGUGGCUGUGGAAACGAACUGAAAUUCGUUUUUUUCUAUCCAGAUGACUUGUUUAACAAAUUUGUAAGAACUAACUUUUAAUUGUAAAGAUGUAAUAUGUAAUUCUUUGAACUUUUACCAAUGUUGGUAUUGCUAUGAUAACUUGAGAUUGUUGAAUGUACUCUGAAAAUCUGUAUAUAGUAUCCUCAUGUCAAAAUCUUGGUGUUACACACAAAAAAAUGGAGUCAUGGAUACUGUAACUACAACACCUAGAUUUUGAAAGGGCUGUCUGGAGAGCUUGAUGCCUCUUGAUUUAUCAUAGUAAUAUUUUUUUUAAUCCUAAGAAACAAAAUACAUAGUAUAGUUUCAGUUGUUUUUGAUAUAUUGAUGCAUCUGAAGAAAUUGACUUGGUUUUGCCUCAGUGUUAUCAAGCCUGAAGCUUUCAAACAAGUACAUUUUCAUUGUUUUGCUCUGUCAACAAAACUGUUCACUCUGACUUGAUUUAGUUUAAAUAGUUAUAAUGGUCCAUUAUGUUUUAAUGAGUUUUUGUCUAUACAUUAGAGAUUCACAAACUUUUUUAUGACAAAAAAAAUGUAUCCUACUGUGUCUGUUUCUUCGUUGUAAUAUGUCCCCAUUGUUGGCUAAACUGUUUAAAAUUAAAGAAGGCCUGCCUUAAAGGCUGCUGCAGAAUGA